GGCGCCAUUGCUCCGCUAAAGGGGUCCUUCAGGUUCAAUGUCGCGUGUUGAUUACGCCACCGGCGGCAACUCCGUAUCAGGUUCUGCAAGGUGAGAAGGUUACGAGUGUCCUCUCUGCUUGCUGAUUGGAUGAACACCGCACUGACUGACUGAGUCGAGUGGAGACAGCCACCGAGCGAGAUAGUGAGAGGAAACACAAGAUAAGCGUGUUUCGAUAAAGAGAAGAAUGAAGGAAUGCCUGAGAGCUGAGUAUCGCAGUUUGUAGGUUCUGCACGCUGCUUCGUUGAGGUUUGGACCUGACGAUGGCUCGUCCUCCCCCAGACCCUGUGUUUACUCUGAGGGGAUCGGCCGCCUCUGUUAACACGCUCCACUUUCACUGCGCUGAGGCGGGACUUCCUCUGCUGUACUCGGGAUCAGGAAAAGGUUUGGUCCACGUGUGGAAUCUGAACACCCGACGAGCCGAAAACGUUUUAGACGGCCAUUCUGGAGCUUCGGUUAUCUGGGUCAGCACCGUUCGCUCCACAAACACCUUCCUCAGUCAUGGUCGGGAUAUGCAAGUGUGUGUGUGGGAUUUGCACGAGGGUCGCAGCACAGUAGCGCAUUCGUUGCACACAGGAAGCGUCGGGUUCUGCCAGUGUUGUCUUCUGGAGGCUGAUGGAAGUAAAACCCUGCUUGCACUUCCAGCAGAAAACAUGGAGGAGAUAAAGGUGACGGAGUUGGCGAGCCGGACGCCGACCUGCUCUUUAAUCCCGGAGGAUAAACACGGCAUGCUGAUGUGCAUGAAGAUGUGGCAGACAGACACGGGUCCACUGCUUUGUGCCGGUUAUGAAGACGGUUCUCUCGUGAUCUGGGACGUGUCCUAUAGGCGUCCUGUCAGCUGCCUGAAGGUCCACCCUGAACCCGUCAUGUGUCUGGACUUUGACGUCGGCAGGCAAAAAGGCAUCUCCGGUUCCUCGGACAAGAACCUCUGCUCCUGGAUGCUCGAUGGCCAGCAGAACCUUCAGAUUCAGGACUCCGUCCCACUGACCAAUCCUGGGGUGUCCCGUCUACGUAUCCGUGGUGACGGUAAGAUCGUAGCGGCAGCUGGCUGGGACGGAAGCGUGCGGAUUUUCGGCUGGAAGAAGAUGAAGCCGCUUGCUGUCCUGCAGCACCACAAAGAUUUGGUUCACAGCGUGGCCUUCUCCGACCAUCCGGAGCCUUCGAGACGUCUGAUGGCAGCAGGUUCUAAGGAUCAGCGCAUCAGUCUCUGGUCUAUUUACACAGAGAGCUGAGUUAUAGAUUAACCUUCACUUAUUGGGCACAAAAUGCGACUGUAUGGAUAUUAAGGUUGCAACGAAGCAUCUUAGCAGUUUUCUCCCUCUUCAAAGGUUCUUGCUAACUUGCAUCACAUUACAAGAAAAGUGGGUUUUGAACAGGCUUAAAAGUUUGAGCUUGGCACACAGAUACACACAAAGCUCGAUGAUGGAUUUUAUGACUGGGGUUCUUAUGCAGCCCUGUACUUCCAGCCAGAAGGAUGAACAAUCAAUAAUAAUCAAUUAAAUAACUGAGACGUGAAUGGAAUGAGUCUUUAAGAAUACUUUCAGAAAACUCAGAGACCAUAUGCCUAAUAAUUCAAGCCAUGUGUUCCAGCAUGGCUCCCAUUUCUUUGUGUUUAUCUGUGGCUAUUGAAGUUAACACGAGCCUCCAUCUGCUCUGAGCUCCAGGCCUGAGCUAUGUCCCAGAACACAGUGACGGAGCAUCCUUCACCGAACACCAUCAAACACAAAUGUUGGGUUGGGCUCGUCAUACCUGUGUGCGAAUGUUGGGAAUUGUCUAGAAUGUUCUUCGCCAUUCACACGGGUUCAUUAAGCUUGGCAGUUCUUUGACUGGAAUGUAAGCCAAGUCGAAUGAGUGGUGUGUAGUGGAAAAUGUUAGCGUUUAAUAAAUAAUGUUGGGUUGAUGUGUGUUGGGAGCUAGCAUACAGCAUUACUGCUGAAACAUUUCUACAUCAAGUGGCAUCCUGAAAUGAACAAUCUCUUGUCAGGAAAUCCAUUAACCGUCUUUACCAAGCUUAAAGCUCAAAAGGUCAAACGUAUUGUUUCAAUUCAUCAAGCAUGGUCAACUUAAUACCGCACAAACACAAACUGGCUGUGUUUUAAUCCGUUAUAUUGUCAUCCACAAAGCUGAACCGUUUUCCGUCUACACUGUUUACUUUCCUGCUCCGAUAGAUUUGUAUUUGCGCUCUCAAGUCGCACCUGAGCGGCUGCACAUAACUCACGGUUUGUUUUCUUAGAAACCGGUGGCGAGCUUAAACGCUGCCCUGUGGACUGACCCCGCCUGCAUUCAUCACACCAAGUUAAUCAGUAGCGCACGGACAGACCUGUUUGUUAGCAAGAUUCAUUGGGCCUGCUUAGCUAAGAAACAGAUCUGUUGAAGCAGGCACAUGAAUGGCGACACUGAUUGUGUUAUUGUGUUUUAUUACACUGAAAUCUGUUCUAAUUAAACAGUGAGAGUGUGACGGAUUAGUCAACUGGUUUUUUAAAUAAAUUCGUUUUUUUUUUUUUAAAUCUGGGUGUGUGCUGUAGUUCCACAAAUUCACCAUCGCUAUAUGUCAGGAUCGCUAUUACUCCUUAAUAAAAACUCAGAAAUAAAGGUACCAAACGGCACUUUUCAUUGUCUGUAUGGUAGUACGUUGAGACUUUUAUAUAGGAAGGUAUAUCUGGUGUACAUUUAGCUUUUAGUAAAGUUUUAGCAGUACAUCAGUGGUCCAAUUAUUUACCGUAACUUUUUUUUUUUAAAGGUAAAACGUGUACUAAAGGUACAAAAGAUGUACCAUCGAUGGUACCAACCCAGUGACAAGGUGGUACCUUUACGUCUGAGAGUGCAGGGAACACCAAAGCAUUUUAUAACCCGCCAUUAUCAAAAAAAUUUCCCGCCAGAAACUACAUUUCCUAUGACGUCGUUUUUUAAUUACAUUUUUUUUUUAUUCUCUUAUUAUUCCCAUUCAAAUGUCAUCAUUUACCUCACAUAUAGCG